UAGUGUUAACAUGGAAUAGCCCGACCGCAAUUUCAAACACGAUACCUACUCUUUUAAUUUCGUAGCUUCGAACGGCAAAAAUCUCUGACUGGAACACAGAAAGUAAUUUUGUAGGUUUUUUUUUUAAUUUUAGUAAAUUCAUUGCAAUGUAAACAUAGUUUUUGUAGUGUUGGAUUUAUUAAAUAAGUUCGCUAUUCCUCAUUUAAUAAAUAAAAUAUAUAAAAUGCUUGAAUUUUAAUAUGUACUGAAAACUAUUUGUGGGCACGGUUCCGUGUUAAAGUUAAAACCUAUUAAUUAUAAGCUGGAAUUUGUCUGUAAUGGGUCUUCGAGUUAAGAUAUAUAAUGAGUAAUGGAUAAGGGAAUGAAAUACAAACUGCUGUUUGAGACAUGGAGACAGAAUCGGUGAGGUCCGAGUUGAGCAGCCGAUCCCGGCGCAGCUCCAGACAUAGGCACAACACGCACCGAAGCACCAGGAGUACAAAAUCACAACGGAAAGAAAGCGGUGACAACAUAAUGGCACCAUUUCAAACAAGUAUCAACAUAAACCCUGAAACAGGUAGAGAUGGCCAGGAGGUAAUAGAAGUUCAGAUUCUCCCACAAGAUGAGAACUGGGGAGAAAAUACAACUGCUGUAACUGGCAACACAUCUGAAGGUUCUCAAUCUAUGGAAGAUGUCAGUAAUUGGGCUAUGGAGUCAGAUGGUGGAUUAGGUUUUGUCUGCUCAAGAUACUUUGGGACAACUUUGGCUUUGGGAUUGACAUUUGUGGCCUUCAUCAGUCCACUAACAAUGGUAGUUUUACCAAAAAUAGGUUUCUUUCCGGGAUUGAGUGAUAACAUCUUGCAACCCAGUCAACAAAUGGAGUUGCUAGCCUGCACAGCGGAAUGCAAAGGUGUUCUUUUGUCACUGGCAUUUAAACUUGUAUUAUUAGCUAUAGGAGUAUGGGCAGCAUUCCUUAGGCCACGGAAUGCCAUUUUACCAAGAAUAUUCGUUUUUCGAGCUGUAACUCUAGUGAUGAUAGCAGUAUGCACAUUUUCUUACUGGCUCUUCUACAUUGUUCAGAUAACGGAGGCAACGAAAGCAAUAGCAUUAGGAGAAGAUGCAACAGAUUACAAAGCUCUUGUUACAUAUGUAUCGAGUUUUGCAGAUACAUUACUUUUCAUACAUUAUGUAGCAGUAAUCUUGAUAGAAAUAAGACAUUUAGAGCCGAAUUAUUAUAUUAAAAUUGUCAGAAGUCCUGAUGGAGAGAGUAGAUCAUAUGCAAUAGGCCAAUUAAGCAUCCAAAGAGCUGCCGUAUGGGUAUUACAGAGGUAUUAUACCGAGUUUCCGAUAUAUAACCCAUAUCUGGAGAAGAUACCAAUAUCGAAGAGUCAGAGAAAGGCACAAUCCAGUAUUAAAUUUUAUGAUGUCGAUGGAUCUAACACAAAUGCGGCAGGACAAACAAGAUCGACAGCCGGUUCUUGUGCCGGAAGCGGGAGUGGUCGGCGUCGGGAGUCGGUCUCCGCGCACAACGAGCGCUACCAUGAAGAGGCAGAACGAGAGAGACGAGUCAGGAAGCGACGUGCCAGAUUGUUGGCGGCUGCGGAUGAUGCUUUUGCACACGUCCGAAGAGUCAGAUUGUCUGCUGCCAAUGGGGGAGCGCUGGGUCCCCGCGAGGCUGCACAGGCCGUAUUUCCUUCCCUAGCUCGGGCACUGCAGAAGUAUCUCCGGGCCACCAGGCAACAGCCCAGACACACUGCUGACUCGGUCUUAGCCCAUCUAGCUCGCUGCUUAUCCCAGGAUGCGUCACCUCGUGCUUUCCUCGAGCCAUUCCUAGUGGAAGGCCCGGUCCUGGCUGCCGACCACGAGACUCGUCCUUUGCAGCGCUGGUCGCUCAUCUCCGACGAGCUGUUAGCGCGACCUCUUGCCCACAACAUCGACUUCCAACUCCGUCAAGGUGACGUUUCAUUAAUAUGUUCUAUAAAACAGCUACCUAAAUUCAGCUUGUCUGAGGAAGUCGUUGACCCGAAGAGCAACAGGUUCGUGCUGAGGCUCAAUUCGGAGACGUCAGUUUGACAGGAGGAGUACGACGCUAGAGACGGGCUGAGGCUGGUAUGACGCUCGAUGUCUUGGCCUUUCAGGCACAUGACAUGCUCUGAGUGAUUGUCAAUGUCAUUUUGACAUUAGUUAAAUGCAGCUGAAAUUAUACCUACAUU